CCGGCCGCACGCACGCAUCGCAUUGCUCGGACACGAGACACAGGACCAGGAAGAGGUCAGAGGCUCAGAGCAGAGACGUCGCCGCGUGAGCUCCAGCUGCUCCAGCUUAUGGGUUCUUUGCAGUCGCAGACGCAGGAGAGCUACGUGAGGCUGCAGGGCCGGCGGUGGCGGCGGGCGGGGGCGAGGGGGUUCCGGCUGUGCCCGAGGAACCGGUUCUCCGUGCGGCGGCUGCGGGCCGAGUUUCUCACGUUCCUCGGCCUCGUCGGCCGCUACGUGCGCCAUCUCGUCAGGAGGCUCUCGACCUCGGGCGGCGGCGGCGGCGGCAACGGCGCCUGCGGACGGAGCAGCAGCAGAAGGGUUCUCGUCGGGGGCGGGAAGGACGCGGCGGCGGCGGCAGCGAGCAAGGGGCCGCGGAGGGCGGCGCCGUUCGUGCGGUCCAACUCGUUCUACUCGCAGGCCAUCGCCGACUGCCUCGAGUUCAUCAAGCGCAACUCCGUGCCCGUCGAGGACUACGGCACCGUCAGCGCCAGGAGAUAGGCAUUAGAGGCUCCGUUUUGGGACGAAACAUAAUCGAAGCAAAAAGGAAAAAAAAAAGCUAUAUGUGUUCCAAAUGGAGCCUGAAGAUGUGAAUCUGAUACAUACACGUACACACGGAUGUAAUAGGGUGUUUGAAAUUAGAGUUGCAAAUGUUGAAGUUUUUGACAUGUUCAUUCGCGCACGUUACCACAUUUUCCCAUCUGCCGUGUAUAAUCCAGAAUAUUUAGACCUUAAUUCCUGA